AUGAAAUGUAAUAAUGUAGCUAUAAUUCAAAUUGUUUGUAAACUGAGAUCAAAUGAAAAUUACGUUGUAGUGAAAAAAAAUUCCUCUAGAAAAUCAUUUUCAACUUUAGUCGAGUAAUCCUAUUAAGUAAGUGUGUACAUUUGUGUCCGUAGGUGAUUAAUGCAUAGUUGCAGAUAUUAAAGCAAAUAUUAAAAAUUUUCAUUUUAUUUCAUAACGCUAGAAUCAUUGCAAUACUAUUGUAUUUAUUGUAUUGUAAAUUUGCCCAAGAGUAAUUUGUCAACUCAUAAUUACCGAGUUAUUGUGGAAAACUUUUAUGUUGGGUGAGUCACAAAGCAAACUUCCUCUUCAUCCAUAUUUGGAGGAUUGCGGUUUCUCAACAAAGAGACGUUUAGACUAUAUAAGAGGUGUGUUGACCACAGAAGCACAAGUUGAAUCUAUUCAAGAAAGAUGCUUAAUGUUUACAUUUUAGUACUUGUAGCAGCUGCGGUUUACUGUGGGCCUGUGUCAUAUUUGACUGAGCAAGAUCAGGAUUUUGCAGAGGGCUACCUGAAAAAAUUCUAUGAUCUAAAGGAUGAAACUGGCCCAACUGUCAGACGUGGGAUCAGUCCACUCACAAAAAAGCUGAGUGACAUGCAGAGAUUCUUUGGCUUAAAAAUCACAGGAACACUGGAUGCUGACACACUGGAGAUGAUGAAGAAGCCCCGCUGUGGUGUCCCAGACAACAAGGUUGCCGCGUUCUCCACUUUUCCAAGCACCUUCAAAUGGCAGAAAAAUAGUCUGACAUACAGGAUAGAGAAUUACACGCCAGACAUGCCCCAGUCAGAAGUCGAUGACUCUAUUGAAAAAGCCUUGGACGUUUGGGCCAAAGUUACCCCUCUUAGAUUCACUCGAAUCUACAGCGGCACAGCAGAUAUCAUGAUUUCGUUUGGUCGCCUCUUUCACGGGGACCCUUACCCCUUUGAUGGCCCUGAUGGAACGCUCGCCCACGCCUUUGCUCCAUCUCCUGGCCUUGGAGGAGACGCUCACUUUGAUGAGGAUGAGACCUUCACCUUUCGCUCCAAUUCUGGGUAUGUUCUCUUCCUGGUGGCAGCCCAUGAGUUUGGUCACUCGCUAGGAUUGCAGCAUUCUAAUGACCCUGGUGCCCUUAUGUACCCCGUAUACUCAUACACUAACCCUUCCAACUUCCUUCUGCCGCAAGAUGACGUAAAUGGCAUCCAGUCUCUUUAUGGUCCCAAUCCUGAUGUGGAUCCUGAUACAAAUCCUGACAAGCCUCAGCCCCCUACCACUCCCGAUGCUUGUGACGCAAACAUGGUGCUAGAUGCCGUGGCCACCCUGCGAGGAGAGAUGCUUUUCUUCAAAGACAGGUUCUUCUGGCGAGUGUACCCUCAGAGCAGAACACCUCAGCAAAGUUUCAUCACAAACUUAUGGCCCAAUGCCCCCAGAAAAAUUGAUGCUGCUUACGAAAGCCGACAGUCUGGGAAUGUUUUUCUCUUUCAAGGUCGCCAAGUUUGGGCUUUCCGUGGCUACGACCUUGUUCCAGGAUAUCCGAAGGCAAUAACAAUUUUUGGUCUGCCCAAAAAUGUGAAAAAAGUUGAUGCUGCUCUGUAUGAUGUGGAAUCAGGGAAGACGCUAUUCUUUGUUGGUAAAUCUUACUACAGUUAUGAUGAAGCCAGUAAGAAAAGGGACAAGGGAUUCCCCAAACGUGUUGAUGAGACCUUUUCUGGCAUGACCGGCAAGGUGACAGCAGCAUUACAGUACAAAGGUUUUACCUACAUCUACAGUGGACCCCAAAUGUUUGAGUACAGCUUGAGCACUGGAACAUUUUUCCGUGUGUUGGGAAACAACUACUUUUUGCCGUGCACCAACUUUUAGAUCAUCUUACGUUGUUUAUAUAUGAGUGGACAGACACUCCUCUUGAAUUGUGUGAUACUUUCUUCAACUAUCCAUAUUUUAUUACAUUUAUGAUAAUAUUGACCAUUGUUUUUGAUUGUUUUCAUCACUUUUAGUUUGUAUUAAGUUAAAGUAACUUCAAUUGUGUCUGAUGGGAAAAAGUGUUUUUAUUGUAAAUGUUUUGUACUGUAUGUCACACUGCGGUGACCACACAUUUGAAUGUACAGAUGCAAAAACUGCAAAAAAGGAAAAAUAAAGACAUAAUAAAUACA